AUGUUCCUGAAUUAUGCUUUGGUGGAUGUUUUCACAAACACCCCAUUCCUAGGAAACCCACUGGCAAUUGUGCGCGUUCCUGCAAGCUACAAAUCAUCCUUAUCUCAAGAGAUAAAACAAAAGAUCGCUGUGGAGUUUAAUCUCUCGGAAACAAUUUUCUUACAUGAACCAUCCGGAGAUUGUCAGACCCCAGUCGAGACUCUCGCCAUCGAUACUUUUACACCAAAAUGUGAGAUUCCGUUUGCCGGUCAUCCCACGAUUGGAACCGCCGCCUAUGUCUUUCGGAACUAUUCCCCGGCUGUCUCUGAAAAUUUGAAAUCCUUGGUGACUAAAGCGGGCCAUAUUCCCCUUUCCCAGGAUUUAAAAACUGGCCUUGUGAGCGCGCACAUUCCAGUAGAUUUCCACAUUCACCAGGCGCAAAUUCCUUCCAACAUAUCCUCAGUCUCUGAUGCCUCGCCCGCCGUGUCUAUUGUGAACGGCCUCUCAUUCGUCCUAGCCGCCGUCAGUGAUGUCGAGUCUCUAGCCAAGCUCUCUGGCGGAUUGAUUGAGGAUUGCGUCAACCCACCAUUUCUGGACGAAGGAUGGAACGUGGGCUUAAUCGGGACCAAAUACUUUGUUGACCUGGGGAAGGAUGAUCAAGGUUACAGACAGCUUAGAACAAGGAUGUUCGUCACCUGGGAAGACCCCGGAACUGGCAGCGCGUCGUCUACGUUAGCCUGCUUUUUGGCAUUGAAAGAACCAAAGGAGCAGGGCAGCGGACCGUUCCACUAUCACAUAAUUCAAGGAGUGGAGAUGGGGCGGAGAAACGAUAUCUAUGUUCGGGUUGCUCGGAGUGAGGAUGGGGAGAAGUUAGCAGAGGUAUUGCUUCAGGGCGACGCUGUGUCGGUCGGCGAAGGGCGAAUUGCAGUCCCGGGCCAGAGCAUAUAA